GCUUAUAUACCGUUAAGCAGCAAUAGCACAUGGUUAAAGUUUGCAAAGUAGGGGCUUGAGCGCCCGUGGAUGCCUUUCUAAUAUUCCUCUUUCUAAUGGCUACUCUCUGUAGUUAUGCCUAUGGGGAAGUCUUGUUUCCCGAUUUGAAACUGAGAGCAACGCAGGGCUGGGUGCAUGCUUGCAGAACGGGCAGAUUCAUGCUGUGAUCUGUGAAAAUAUAGCUUGACAAGAAAAAUCGGGUCGUCACAAUGCCAGUUCAUCCCGUGGGCCUUGUCUAUUGUGAUUUUUUUUCAGCUUAGCUGAUCACUUAACGGUUGAGGCGAUAAAAGAUGAAAAUGGCUUGUUUAUCAUGCAGUUGGGCUUGUGCGUUUUUUAUUUUUGCUCAGAAAGUUAUCAAAUGCAAAACUGCACUUGCAGCCUGUUCUUUAAGCCUCUUAAAAGAGCGGGUGAAGCAAAGGGCGAGGCUUUUUUCUCCCCAUCCACUGUGUGUCAGGCUUGGCAGCUCUUUUCAUUAUUAUUAUUAUUAUUCCUUAUUCAAGGAGUACGGAUCACACGCCUGUAACUCCACUAUGAAUGAGGGGAUUCCGUGUGUCCUUAAGAUGCUCGCAAACAUCCGUUUUCAUCGUCACACCCACACGCCAUCCCAUUUUGGUCCUCAGUGUGAAGAAGCAGUGCUUCCUCAAAACAAUUUCAGUGGGAGUUUUCUUAGUGAGAUUCUUCCCUCCUUGCUUUCUUUGUGUGUAUUUAGGAACUGCCACCAGCGUGGCAGGAUGAUUGGGAAUGAAUAGUAGCUUAGGGGUGCGACACGUACUCCGGUUCACCUCUUUUCAGAUCAGUGCAGAGCUUGAAAAUAAGUUUUCUGUCUAACACGUCAGAUCCUGUGCCAGCCAGUAUAGACAGUACUUACUUUAGAUCAGCAAUAUGUAAAUUCCAGCACCUUUGGGCCCCCACGCCUGUAUCCUCCCAAAUUUUUAAUCUUAAAAAAAAUUGCUUAAAAAUUGUUUCAUUCUUUAGGUAGAAUUGGUAGCUUUAGUAUUGGGCCUUAACUUGCAGUAGGCCAACUAAUCCUAAAGGGAAAUUUAUAGGAGAGAAGGGAACUCUUCCCAAAGUUGUUGAUGUGAUACCAGUCGAUACAGUCCCAGCCCGGACAUUUUUAAAAAUAAAAUCUAGUUCCUUUUCAAAGUUUGUUUCUCUAAACAGGUGGGAGACCUUCAGUUGCGCAAAAUGGAUGAGCUGGACUGCCUUAUCAGAGGAGUUCUGUACAUUGAUUCGGUUGGGUUCAAUGGACACUCCGAGUGCUACUAUUUUGAAAACCCAACUGAUCCGGAAAAAUGUCAGAAGCUGCCCUUCAACUUGGAGAAUCGUUAUCCUCUCCUCCUGGUGAACAUUGGCUCGGGGGUCAGCAUCUUGGCUGUCUAUUCCAAAGACAAUUACAAGCGAGUAACCGGGACCAGCCUUGGCGGAGGAACCUUUUAUGGUCUUUGCUGCCUUCUGACUGGCUGCUCUACCUUUGAAGAGGCUCUCGAGAUGGCAUCCCACGGAGACAGCACCAAAGUGGACAAGUUGGUGCGAGAUAUUUAUGGAGGCGACUAUGAGAGGUUUGGGCUCCCAGGCUGGACUGUAGCAUCCAGCUUUGGAAACAUGAUGAGCAAAGAGAAGCGAGAGGCCGCAAGUAAAGAGGAUCUAGCAAGGGCCGCCUUGAUCACCAUCACCAACAACAUUGGCUCCAUAGCUCGGAUGUGCGCCCUUAACGAGAACAUUAAUCGAGUGGUGUUUGUGGGGAACUUCUUGCGCAUCAAUACAAUCUCAAUGAAGUUUCUGGCAUAUGCUUUGGAUUAUUGGUCAAAAGGACAGCUGAAGGCUCUUUUCUUGGAACAUGAGGGUUAUUUUGGAGCUGUCGGCGCUCUCCUGGAACUUCUGCAUUCGUCCUGAUUCACCAAGCAGCCUGACUCCCAAGUGUCCCCGGAGAGACUUCAGCACCAAAGGGAACAUCUGUGUUCGUUCAGCUUUGUUUGUCGAAGCGCCUGCCUUUUGCCAGAUAAUCCGAAGUAAUUGUGAGUGAUCUUUCCAAUCAGUGCAGAGAAUAGCAAGGGUAUUUUUUUUAAAUAGAUGAAACUAGCCUGAAUACCAGACUAGUUUAUAAGAAAUGCUUAUCUAUAUAGGCAGAUGUGCAGACUGUAUCUGUCUCAGAACUGUUAAAAUGCAUAUUUAGUCAGCCUCGUGUCGUGUGGCUUUUAUGAAACACACAACAGGAUGAAUGUGCAUAUCGCUUGAUGACAAUACUGGUUGCACUAUGCUCAAAAUUAUUUUAAGUGCGGUUUUAUUUACUAAUCUUGUAUGAAUUUGAAGGGCUUUGUGAAUUUUAUUAGUAGCACCAAGGUGUGCAGAAUAUAAAACCACAUUUGAAGUAUUAAAGCUAUUUUUAAAAAA